AUGUCUACCACUGGAGGAAGUACCUGGGAUGCCGCGUUUCGACUGGCCGACUUUUUGGAGCUUGAGUGGGAGAACCUACGCGGUGACAAGGCAACAAAUGUGCUGGAGUUGGGUGCUGGCACCGGAUGGCUUGGCAUGACGCUGGCCCACAACGUGGAAAGCAGCACGGUUUGCCUCACAGAGCAGGCAGAUGGAGGCGCCAUGGACUGGCUUCAGCAAAACCUGGCAGAGAAUGUUGCCGCCCAGCUGCCCCUUCGCUCGGUUCGUACUGAGGAGUUGGAUUGGAACGCUUGGGAGGCGAGGCGGAUCACUCGAAGGUGGACCUACCUCAUCCUCGAGCGGGCACCGGGACAGUCCCGCCGUCACCAGCCGGUGGUUUUGGAUGGCGGUUGGUGA